AGACGAAGGCAAAGGCCCGGUAGAAGCCAGUUCCUGGUGGCAGUUGGGCAGCUGGCAGCUCCCAGCCUCACCCGCCAUGGUCCUCCUCCUGCCCUGGCUCUCGCGGUGUUGCGUUCGUUGCCUCCUCCUGCCUUCCAGGCUGCUGGCCCCUGGCAGCUCCCAGAGAUGCUGCUCCCAGAGACCCAAGCCAAGCACAAAGGAGCAGGCCAGCUCCACCGGCAGCGGGAAGAGGUCCCCCACCGCAGGUCCUGGGCUCCCUGCUGAGCUAGCCCAGGCGGAGGAGCUGCUGGAGCAGCAGCUGGAGCUGGCCCAGGCCCUGCAGGAAGGGCAGGAGGGGGCCUGGGAGGCCCAGGCCCUGGUGCUCAAGACCCAGAAGCUGAAGGAGCAGAUGAGGAGACUCCGAGAGAGCCUGGGAGGAGGAACCUAGGCUGCUCUGGUGCCCACCUCACCUCCACACGGGAAACACUGCGCACCACCUGCCUGGAGACGGCUGGAGACACACCAGCCUCCCUCGGGCCACUAAGAAAAA